UAUAACAGUGCAAUGCGUUAGCAUCAUUAACAAAUAACUGGCUAUUGCUAAUAUUACAUGGAUCAUAACAUUAGCUGGUUUCACGGCCACAAUGCCAGCUGCCUCAAACAUAAUAUAGGGCCCGUCUUUCAAGUGCUCCGUUAUAAACUACCUCAUAAUGGGCCACCAUGCAUCGCCAUUCAGCCUGUAUCCUGUCAGCAAAAUAAAAUAAAAAUAAAAUUUGGGGUAAUAAGUAAGAAUUUUGGGAUACCGAGUAAACAAUUUGAGAUACUAAGUCAAAGAAUUAAGGUAAGUCAACAUGUUCAGAUAUUAAGUCAAACAUUCUGAAAUUGAAUGUUGAGAUAAUUAGUCAGAAUUUUGAAAUAAGUCAGAAAAAUAUCUGAGAUGUGAGAGAAAGCAUUUUAAGGUACAAAGUGAACAUUUUUAAAUAUUAUGUCAGAAUUCUGACAUACUGUUGCUGCCAAAAUUAAAGAAAAUGUUAUCCUAUUAUCUGGUAAAAAAUAUGCUUUCAUUCUUCCAUAAUCUGAUCAAAAUACAGGUGUAGGCAAAACUACAGUGUAGGCAAAAGUGAAAUAUUAAUAAAUUAUCUGUGUCCAUUUUUGAUUUAUAAUAGUGAUAAAACUAUUUCUGUGAAUGAUUGAAUACUAGUGUUUCCCUCAACCAUGCUUAAAAAAUAAUUUCUUAACUAGUUAUAGUUAAGCAACAAAGCUAUGAUAAUUUUCCCAUGAUUAUAUCUGCCAUUUACUCCUGAUCAGAAAUUCAAUUGUUUUUAGUCAUAGUAAAUAAAAAUCUUCUGCACAAAAAUGAAUCUGUAUAAGGUGGGUCCACGAGUUAAUUUAACUGCUAGAGACUCGCAUGAAUGAGAGAAUUCUCAUACAUUGCAUCAAAGUAGUAUGCAGUAUACAAUACACUUGCGGAGUAUACCAUUUCAAACAGACCCACCACCAUUAUCCGCUUAAGACUAGUUUAAGUGACUGUUAGUUCCGCCAAUAAUCUCAGUAAUCGUCACAACUUCCUAAACGGUACAACGAGUAAGGAUCCGUGUUACGAAAGUAGGCGGGGUUUUACCCAUUACGGCCGUAAACGUCGUGGUUAAAGAAAAGUCGAUUCAGGAAGCCAUUACGUUGCGCAGUUUAGUCAAGAAAAACUUACUAUUUUUUUUUUUUUUUUUUACGUAUUUUACGCACUUUAAAAUACUUUCCUUAAGUCCUAUUCAAAAUAUUAUGGCAUCACAGGCAAAGAAGAGAAAAAUGAAUUUCUCUGAAAGGGAGGUGGAAAUCAUUGUGGAGGAGAUGGAAAAACAAAAGCACAUUUUGGUGAACCAUUACAACGCUGGCGUCACUCACAUCGCCAAAAAUAACGCCUGGAUGGAUAUUCUGAAGCGGGUGAACGCUGUGACCAACUGCCAGCGCGAGCUCGCCGAGGUGAAGAAGAAGUGGUCUGAUUUGAAAACCGAGGUUCGUCGAAAAGUGGCGCAGGCUCGCGCAGCGAUUGAGGACACAGGGGACUGCACCACGGUACCGGUUAUUCUUACUGCCAUGCAGCAGCGCAUUUGUAACCUGUUGGGGGAAGCCACCAUCAUCAGCUUGCCUGCUGGAGAAUCGGGAGAGCAGAGUGCGGAGAUUGCGGUACCGGUGUCCGUGCCUAUUAGCACAGCCACCACUACCGUUACACUAACGCAGAGUAUUCAGCCAACACCUGGUACCACCUGUGAAAUGAAAACUCUAGAAGCUGAGACCACGUUCCACACUCUGGAGGAGGGCAUGGUAGAGUACUGCACAACAGAGACACCUGUCACUGUUACGACUGAAGCCCCUGUGGAGGUUUUGGCGGCACAGGCUGAGUGUUCAGUAAAGCCACAGGAGCUUAAGAGCCGCAUUGCACUGAACUCUGCCAAGCUGUUGCAGGAGCAGCGUGUCACCAACCUGCAUGUGCGUGAAAUCGCCCAGCACUUGGAGAACCAGAAUGACCUGCUGCAGAUGAUCCGUCGUUCACAGGAGGCACAGGCCUGUGCCCAGGAGAGACAAGCACAAGCCCUUGAAGGUACACAGGCCACCCUUCUUGCCCUCAUCCAGAUGUUCAAGCCUGCUCUGAAGGACUUGAGAAAGUUCCUGCAAAAUGCUAACAACCCUAAUGUUACAGGAGGCAUUGAUACUGGUGAGGGGGUGGUGAACAUGCCACAGCAGGUGGAAGAUGGACAGUAGACUGACAUGUGUUGUAUUCUAGGGAGAGUGAGGUGUGUGUGCAUGCGUGUAUGUGCAUAUAUAUGUGUGUGUGUGUGUGUGUGUGUGUGUGUGUGUGUGUGUGUGUGUGUGUGUGUGUGUGUUGAAAUAUCCUUGAUUGUCCUACGUUCUACUUUCCAUGAGAGUAUCCUGUACAUCAAUGAUUCUCAAAGUGGGGUCCAGAAACCAUAGCUGGGGGUUAAUGGGUUAUUUUCUUUUCUUUUUUUUCUUUUUUUUUUUUUUGUGGUAAUUUUGAUAAUCCACAAUUAUUAAAAUUAUUUAUUUAUUAUUAUGAGCUUUUAUAGUUGUUAGCCUUUUGACUGGUCACUUGAAUUAAAUGGGCUUAAUCUAACCCUCAAUAACUAAAUGUUGAUUAAAUAAAUCUGUAAUGAGGUGGAUCAUGAAAUUUUAUUUUGCAAUUUAAGAGGUCCCUGGCUCCUAACAGCUUAAGAACUACUGCUGUAUUUUAUAUGAAUGGAGACUUUAUGAAUGAUGACAAUAUGCUUUCUUUAUACCAUAUCUUCUUUUUCCCAACUAUAUUUUAAUUUAAAACCUCUCAUCAUUUCUGACUUAAUUUUGCAUGUAAGAAUGAGCUUCCACUAAAUCACCAGAGCCUCUGACAUUACAAGUCAAUAAACAAGACAAAAUGUAAA